AUGCCACAGGCGAGAGCACGUCAUGCAGCUUUGGCUGUGGGCGGAUCAUCCAUAUACGUGUUUGGCGGUCUGUCUGUCUCGCAUCAUCCGGAGGACAAUCCGGAUCACACACCCUUAGAACCGCAACAGUUACAGCAUCACCAACAGUCCGCUCAACGAUCCAACAGUGCAACNNCCCUGUGGCAUUCCCCAGAAUCGGAAGCACUUCGUUCAUCUGAGGGAGUUCCACGUCUGACUGUGGUCAAUACCAUUAUACGCUACGAUGUGCGACUGGAUACCUGGACAACGGUCGGCCGAACAAAUGAUCCGCGUUUGGAAUCACAUGUGAUCAUUGUCGAUGACUAUCAUUCAGUGAACGGAUCACCGUCAACAGAUGUGGAUUGUCCGUGUUCUCAUGAACUAGAUGAUAGUGCGACGGUUUGCGAUUCAACCGGUGAGAAUUGA